AUGACAUCAAAGCCAUUAACAGCAGCUGCUGCUAUUAUGAUAGCAAGUAACAGUCGGAAUAAUGCACCUUCGCCUUCUCCUACUCCUGCAACUAAAUUAAUGGGAUUAAAUGCUCAAUUAAUCGAACUUGAACAUGAAGUUCCAGUUGAGAAUGUUAAAUUAGAUAGUCUUGCUGUGAUGAAGAUUAUUAAACAUGCAAGAGAAUCAAUGGCAUCUGGUUCAAAUCAAAUUGCUUCUGGUCAACUUUUAGGUUUAGAUACUUCUGGUAUCCUAAAUAUAAGUGAUGCAUUUCCAUUACCUUCUGGUUGUCUUAUGGGUGCUUCGAUUGAUGGAGAUGAACCUAAAGGUACUAAAAUGGCUUCUAGAUAUGCUUCUUCAAUCUUACCACGUCUAUCUGCUUUAGGUGCAGAUGCAAACAUAGUUGGAUUUUAUUGUUCUACAAUCAAUUCUCAACAUUUAGCUACACCUGGCUUUAUUGAAACUUUGAUUUCGAUUCAAAUCGGUUCGACUACACCUACUUCAAAAUCAUUGGUCAAAACAAAAGUUUUAGCUGGUAAAGGUUUAGCUAUCGUUUAUGAUUUAGCUAGUUCGACCCAAGGAACGGUUAAUUUAAAAGCUUAUCGUCUUUCUCAAAACUUUGUUGAAGCUUAUCAGAAUGGAAAAUUCGAUUCACAAAAUCUUGCAGAUCAUAAACUUACAGUCUCUAAUAUCUUACAAGAAAUCCCUUUAACGAUUCAAUCCUCAGCAUUAUUGACGGCAUUCUUAGCAACCUUAAUCUCACCUACGUCAGAAUCGAUUCAAAGUUCGAUCGUUAGUACGAACCAAUGGGGAACACCCACUGAAUCCAAUCGAUCUGAACUAUUAUCAAAUCAUUUACCUUCCUUCUCUCCAUUAAGUUUACCUUCUUCUCAACAUUCUGAUUCACCUACUUCAAUGUUAGAUACCCUCUUAACGGUUAUGAAUUCGAUUGAGGUUCAUAAUACUGCUCUUAGUACUCUUAGUUUUCAGUCUCGUCAAUUGGCUAGAGAUAGAGCUAAACUUGAAAGUGUGAUUUCUAAAAGGAAAGCUGAGAAUGAGGUUCGGGUUCAACAAGGUUUACCUCCUUUACCUCCUUCAUCUGAAGAGGCUGCUUUACAAGAACCAUCUAGAUUAGAAACAAUGUGUGCUUUAUCAGGUGUAGAUGGAGCAGCUAAGAAGCUUUGUGAGAUUAGUGGAUUGGGUGUGGUUAGAGCAUUUGGAGCUAAAGCUGGAAUUUAA